UAAUUCACAGAUCUAAUUUCUAACACAUAACACUGUCCACCAGGAGAGCAAGAAACGAGAGAGAAAAGGGUAUGGCAUCCGCUCCGUCGUCUUCAUCGACGCCGCCGCCAACUCGAAUACUGUUCGGGGUGAACGAGUCGUCCAUUCGCGGGUAUCCGCACCCUUCCAUCAGUAGCCGCACUGCCUUCGACUGGACUCUGCAGAAGCUCAUUCGCUCUAACGCUGCUGGGUUUUAUUUCCUCUUUCUUCAUGUCCAGGUCCCCGACGAAGAUGGAUUUGAUGACAUGGACAGUGUUUAUGCAUCACCUGAUGACUUCAAGAACAAGAAUGAAAAACAGAAGAUAAAAGGGCUUUACUUACUUCAGUACUUUGUAGAACGCUCUCAUCAAGUUGGGAUAAAAUGUGAAGCAUGGUUAAAGAUGGGUGAUCCUAAAGUAGUUAUAUGUGAAGAGGCAAAGAGAGUGCAACCAGAUCUUUUGGUUGUGGGUAGUCGUGGGCUUGGACCUGUCCAAAGGGUUUUUGUUGGGGCGGUGAGUGAGUUCUGUGUCAAGCAUGCAGAUUGCCCAGUGGUAACCAUCAAAAGGAAUGCUGAGGAUUCUCCAAAUGACCCUGUUUAUGAUUAGAUUUAAGUAGUGUACUAGAUCCAUGCGAUAUUGUGUGAAACGAACAUGUUUGAGCAGCACCAACAUCGCUUUGAUGCAUGCCUUUGAGCCGUCUGUGUGCUGCGGUAUGAUAAAUAAAGAUAAUAUAUGGAGUUUAAUUAUAAGUGAAUAUUUUUUUUA